UGUGGAUGGAUAUAAGUAAAAGUGGAAAGAAAAAAACAUUAUAAUUAUUAGGAAUAGGAAGUAUUUUCUACAUAUAAUAAAGAUGUUCAAAAGUCUGCUUUCAUCUUCGGCUAACGGAGGCUGGCAAUGCCAAUUUAUCAGGAAUUAUGGGAAACAUAAUAAAAAAUUCCUGUACAAGGAUGGUGUUAAAAUAAACAACAUAUACUACUAUCCAAGAGAAAACGGGCCUGCUCUUCCCAGUGUUGAAACUCCCUCGAAACUGUUCAGGGUUCGCCGAAUCAAACCAGUCAAAGGUUGUCCUUUUUGGGAGAAGCGAAUACUUCGGGAUCUUGGUCUCUACGAUUCCAAUGCAGUAGCGGUGGUUAAGAACAUCCCGGAGAACAACGCCCGGCUCUGGAAGGUAAAACAUUUAAUUGAAGUUCAGCCAAUAACAUUUCCUCAUGGAGAGCCGACGGAAGCAGACAUUAAUUACACAUUUCUAAAAGAAGAUGGCACCUGUGUUGUCAUAAAGGAGGUACAAUCGCGUAAUGUCCGCGAUGAGCGGAUGGAAGCUGCAGUCAAUUUUACUAAGAUUGAAGAAAGAAUGGAUGGAGAAACAUUAAAAAAAGAUUCGCGGCUCAAAUGGCUUAAUCCUUGGUGAGUUACUUUAUCGCCCAAUGAUUUAGAGGAGUAUUCACUUUGAAUAAAUUCAACAUUUAACA